AAACACUAAAACCCUUGGGUUUAGGGACAAAAACAGAGAGCCCCAGCAACUGGGUUCACUUCACUUCACUUCUCUUCUUCUUUCUCUGUCCUUUGUUCAAAACUUGGAAAUUUUGUGCCUUUUUUUAACAAAAACAUUUCUGGGUUUUCUUCAAAACUUGGAAAUUUUGUGCCUUUCUUUAACAAAAAUCAUUUCUGGGUUUGUUUGUUGUGAUGUUGCGCCGACCUGGGUUGACCUCAGCUUGGAAUAUCCGGCGGCUUUCGACAGCGGUACGACAUCGUAUUGAGGACGAAGGUGACUGGUUUUACUCAUCUGAGUGGUGGGGAACGGAUUCCACCGAUGGAGAUGGACACACUGUUUUCCGAUCAACUUCUGAUAAAGGCAAUGGGAUUGUUUCUGUAGCAGCUUAUUCUUCUUCAAAGCCCAGUGAAGUUUAUUGGCCAACAAUAGAAAAUUGGCUUCAAAAGAGGUAUCUUGAAGCAAACCCAGAUGUGAAACACAAAGAAAGAUUCAAUAUACUUGGAUAUCAAUGGAGGGUGCUUCGUUUCAAUGGUGUUACUCGCCAAAGUACUGUGAAAGUAUUGGCUGCUAACCGUGAUUCUGAGCCUGGUUCUGUUUUCCUCAUGCAACAGCCACAUUGCCUUGCUGUUCCAUAUUUGAAGAGUAUGGUAUCGGUUGGAUUGGCCACCAUAGCAUCAUGUAAUUAUGAUAUUAAGAGUGCAGUUGAGGGGAAGAAGCAAAUGCGUGUGUUAUGCAUUGGUCAUGGUGGAGGAAGCUUGCCCUUGUUUAUAGCUAGUAAAAUUCCGGGUGCUGAGGUUCACAUAGUUGAAAUUGAUCCUCUAGUUAUAUCAGCAUCAAUUCAAGCUAUGGGGUUUCCAGCUUUCUCAGUCAUGACUCCAUCAGGGAAUCAAGCCUUCUCCAAACCAGAUUCGACGGAUGAAGUUAUGUGGAAAGGCACUCACGAAAGGUUGUACCUUUAUGAGUCAGAUGCAGAGAAGUUCAUACUCAAGAACACCAACUUAUAUGAUAUGAUUUUCAUUGAUGCUUAUGAUGGCGAGGACAUCUUCCCUCGCCAAUUAUGGGACCCGGAUUCCCCUUUUCUAAAAGCUCUCAGUAAUCAGCUUCAUCCCAAACAUGGGACUGUUGUGGUGAACCUUCACUCAGACUCUGAGCUCUUAGAUCCCGACGGCUCUGUUCCAUCUGUUCUCGAGCAAAUCUUGCCAAUGGGGAAAUAUGUUUCUCAAGUUGGCCGAGCCUAUAAAGAUGUAUUGGGUGAAAAUACAAGCUCCAAUGGAGAGAAAAAGUCUGGUUUGGGAUUCACUGUGUCAGUUCCUUGGAUAUGCAAUACAACUCUGGUUGUUUGCAAAGGUUUCGGAAUGAUUGAUGGGAAUUAUGAUAGAGAUGUUAUAUUGAAUACCCUUAUAUCCAAAUCCAUAGAAAUGGAACACAUUAUGAACUUACCAUUCUCUUGUUUGCAGUAUGUAAAGAGAGGACUUAAGCUUGUUGAUUAAUACUAUGCACUUUUCUUCACUCAA